GCCGCAGUCCCUGGCCCCCGCCAUCACUGGCCUCUCCGAGCGCUUGGUGCCUCGGCGGGAGGCUCCGUCCCAGGCGGCCAUGGCGCUGCGUGUGGCCGUGUUCGACCUCGACGGGGUGCUGGCGCUGCCCGGGGUCUCUGGCGCCCUGGGCCGCACCGAGGAGGCCCUGGCUCUGCCCAGAGGCUUUCUGAAUGAAGCUUUCCAGAAAGGAGGCCCGGAUGGUUCCAGUGCCCGCCUCAUGAGAGGAGAGAUCACAUUUUCCCAGUGGGCACCGCUCAUGGAAGAAAACCGCAAGAAACACUGUGAGGCCUCUGGAAUCCACCUCCCCGAGGAUUUCUCUAUCAGUCAAAUCAUUGGCAGGGUGAUUUCAGCAAGGAAGAUCAACCGGCCCAUGCUCCAGGCAGCUGUCGCUCUCAGAAAGAAGGGAUUUACAACCUGCAUCCUCGUCAACAACUGGCUGGACGACCGAGCCGAGCGAGGCGGCCUGGCCCGAAUGAUGUGCGAACUGAGGCCGAACUUUGACUUCCUGAUAGAGUCGUGUCGGAUCGGAAUGGCCAAGCCUGACCCUCAGAUCUACAAGUUUGCCCUGAACACCCUGAAGGCCAGCCCCAGUGAGGUUGUUUUCUUAGAUGACACCGGGGCUAAUCUGAAGCCGGCCCGGGACUUGGGAAUGGUCACCAUCCUGGUCCACGACACUGACACGGCUCUGAGAGAACUGGAGAAAGUGACCGGGGUGCAGCUUCUCAGUACUGUGGUCCCUCUGCCCACCUCCUGCAAUCCAAGUGACAUGAGCCACGGGUACGUGGAGGUAAAGCCCGGGGUCCAUCUGCAUUUUGUGGAGCUGGGCUCCGGCCCUGCCGUGUGCCUCUGCCACGGAUUUCCUGAGAGCUGGUUCUCUUGGAGGUACCAGAUUCCUGCUCUGGCCCACGCGGGUUACCGGGUCCUAGCUGUGGACAUGAAAGGCUACGGAGAGUCGUCUGCUCCUCCUGAAAUAGAAGAAUAUUGCAUGGAAGAGUUAUGUAAGGAGAUGGUAACCUUCCUGGAUAAGCUGGGCCUCUCGCAAGCCGUGUUCAUCGGCCACGACUGGGGAGGCAUGCUGGUGUGGAGCAUGGCUCUCUUCUACCCCGACAGAGUGAGGGCGGUGGCCAGUUUGAAUACUCCCUUCAUCCCGGCAAAUCCCAGCGUGCACCCCCUGGAGAGUAUCAAAGCCAACCCAGUGUUUGACUACCAGCUCUACUUCCAGGAACCAGGAGUGGCUGAAGCUGAACUGGAACAGAACCUGAGUCGGACUUUCAAAAGCUUCUUCAGGGCAAGUGACGAGACUGUUCUAUCCGUGCAGAGAGUCAGUGAAAUGGGUAAGAAACCUUCUUGGGAAAUCCACAAGUGGUGUUUUGCAGGAGGACUCUUUGUGAAGACCCCAGACGAGCCCAGCCUCAGCAGGAUGGUCACCGAGGAGGAAAUCCAGUUCUACGUGCAGCAGUUCAGGAAGUCUGGUUUCAGAGGUCCCCUAAACUGGUACCGAAACAUGGAAAGGAACUGGCGGUGGGGCUGCAAAGGCUUGGGACGGAAGAUCCUGAUCCCGGCGCUGAUGGUGACGGCGGAGAAGGACUUUGUGCUCCGUCCUCAGAUGUCCAAGCACAUGGAGGACUGGAUCCCCCACCUGAAGAGGGGACACAUCGAGGACUGUGGGCACUGGACGCAGAUGGAGAAGCCUGCCGAGCUGAAUCAGAUCCUCAUUGAGUGGCUGGAGACCGACGCCCGGAACCCGCCGGUGGUCUCGAAGAUUUAGUCCCUGGCAUGUGCCAAUGCCCAGCGUGUGCACCCAUCCCUCCGUCUGCUGGGCACCGUUCUGCAUGUCCAGAGGUGGCCCCACGUGCGUCUCUGGUGACCAGCAGCAUUGUUCUGAAAAGGUUUAUGAGAAAGAGUGAUUUUCUUUAAAUGAGAUGAAUCAAAUUUGAUGUCAUUUUAGAUCCAGGAGAAAUCAGGUGCUGUUAAUCCUCCAGGUAUAAAUACAUUGUCCCUUUGUCUCUAAGAACCAUUAGUGUCCUGUGGGGGGGACAGAAUAGGGUGGCCAGGUGGUGAUUUGUCUUUGACUAACCAACUGAUAGCUUUGCAGGAAAAUCAGUCUUUCAUUUUGAAGCAUCUCAGUCUCGUUGAGGAUGCUUUAUUCAAUAAAGCUAAGACGACAAUGACA